AUGGCAGUCAUCAUUUUGUCUGAAAAUUAUGCAUCUUCAACAUGGUGCCUAGAAGAACUUGUAAAAAUUGUUGAAUGCAUGAAGGGAGGGUUGAAAGUGUUGCCCAUUUUCUACCAUGUGGAUCCUAGUCAUGUGCGGCAUCAGAAGGAGACUUUUGCUGUGGCCUUUGAUGAACACGGAAAACGUCUCCAGGAGAACCCAGAGAAGGUGCAGAUAUGGAGAACUGCUUUAAGAGAAGUGACCAACCUCUCCGGAAAGACAUUAAUGAAUGGGCCUGAGGCAGAGUUCAUCCGAAAAAUUGUUGACUGGAUAUUUAUUGAAUUGAAAGAUAAAUGUUCAACUGUUUAUGGAGACGGUUUUGUUGGAAUAGACUCUUGUGUUGAGGAAAUGAUUUCAUGUCUAGAUAUGAAUUCAAAUGAUGUCCGCUUUAUAGGGAUAUGUGGGGAGAGUGGAAUGGACAAGACAACUCUUGCACGUCUAGUAUUUGAACAGAUUCAUAAUCAAUUUGAAGCUUGCAGCAUUCUCGAAAAUGUCGAAGAGGUUUCUAAAGCACACGGCCUAGAGACAUUACAAGAGCAACUCCUUUGUGAUAUAAGUAAAGGAGCUUUAAGGGUAAGGGAUGUGAAUAAUGGAAUCCAAGUAAUCAGGAAUGUACUACAGAAUAAAAAGGUACUUAUUGUUGUCGAUGAUGUGUUUGAAAAAAAACAGUUAGAAGCAUUAGUAGGGAAGCGUGAUUGGUAUGGUCCAAAAAGUAGAAUCAUAGUAAUUACUAAAGAUAUACAUUCAUCGGAAAGCAAUGAAAUUCAGACCGUAUAUAAGGCUAACGGACUAAAUGAUGACGAAGCUCUACAACUUUUUAGUUAUAAUGCCUUCCACAAAGCUCAUCGUGAAAAUGAUUUAUUAUAUUUGGGCAAUGAUUUUGUCACUUAUGCUCAAGGCAUUCCUUUGGUUCUUAAAAUUUUGGGUUCCCAUUUGUGUAAAAGAACAAAAGAGGAAUGGGAAAGUGCUUGGAAUCAACUAAAAGCAAUUCCCAAUGAAAAUAUUCUAGAGAAACUUCAAAUAGCAUAUAAUGGAUUGGAGGAGUUGGAGAAAAAAUUAUUUUUGGAUAUUGCAUGUUUCUUCAAAGGGGAGGACUAG